AUGGCAAAGCUCAAAGUGACUCAGUACUCUUAUGCUGUUGCUCUUGGUUGGAGAGCUCACACAAGCCAUUCUAAAGCAGUUAAGCCAGCCCGAAUACUCGCCCGUCUACCCGCAGAUCAUCCAGCCCGUAAGGCAAGCCCCAUUGCCAUUCUUGAGAAACUGAGAACCGAACUGGCGGAGCCUCUGGCAGCAGCAAUCAAGAAAGUACAGCACAAUCCCACUAGAAUAACUAUCGCAGCACAUAAUCCGCAGAGCUAUUCCCAACUUGACAAUGCGAGAAAUGACCGUCGCCUCUCCACAGACGGCCUGACGCACCUCUUAGCAUUCACAAGUAUCAAGCUUACCGCCAAAUUAUCAAAAUCGAAGCAACGUCAUGGUUGGUGA